GGAAAAAGAAGCGCUGGCUGUCUUCAAACUCAAAGCCAAGAGUGGCUGGCAUAUGGGCUUUAUGAGUCUGACAGAAAGGGAAGCUUGGAUUUGGGAUUUCUUGGAAAUACAGCACAGGACUGUGAAUGGGGGUGGGGGUGCAGGUAGCUGGGUUUUUUAAUUAAAUCAGCCAGAAAACGAGAAACAUCUCCAGUGAUGCUCAGAGUCAAUAAAUGGGGGUAAACCAGAUGGUGGGGUGCUAAAGGCACUGGCAGCCAACCUUGAACUCGAUCCUGGGGGCCUGCACGGAGGCAGGUGAGAACCAGUUCUUGAAAAUUGCCUGCUGACCUCCGCAUCUGGGCCAUGGCAGUCCUGCGCGCAAGCACUCUGAAUAAAUACAAUUAAAUGAAUAAUCUUAGACCCAGAUAUGAGGUGAACGUGGGUCCAAGGAGUUCUGGAUACAGCAGUGUGACCUGGGUGAAACAUUGCUCUAGUUCAAAGGGCGUGGCCAUCUGUGUUUGAUGGUUGACUCCCUUGGGAGAGUUAGGAUCAGAGAACUGUAGGCAGAACUGAAGGCUUGGGGCCGAGGCCAAUGAUAAGUCCAGGAAAUAGAGGCAGAAAGAUAAGAUCGACAAGUGUGAGUGUGGUUCUAGAAUAGGAGCAAGAACAGGAGGGGACCUAGCAGUCUGACUUAAGGGAAGUAGUUAGUGAAGAAUGGAGGUUAUACAGAAGCAAGACCAUAGAAGGAAGGUCUAAGGGUAAGGAGACAGGUGGCUGUGACUUAAAGGGCAAGCUUGUAGACACAAGCGAUCUCCAGAAAGGUCUGGGAGAAUUUAGGUAGGUCAGCGGGUGGAGGCGUGGUCAGGAAAAAGAGGGCGUGUCCCUUUGAUGAAUUCUGGCCAAAGAGGAAAAUCUGUCUUAAAGGACAUUGUUGCCAAAAAGAAAAGAGGCUCUCAGGCAUGAGUAAGGUCACCAGGCGUGACCUUGAGGGGUCUCAUGGAGGUGUGGUUAGUGAACAAUACAGACGUGGAUAUGCCAGAGACUGACGGUGGAGAAGAGAGGAUUCUAGGUGACCGUGUGUGGUGGGCGUGGUGAAACAAUUGGGGCGUGGUCAGUCUCGUGGAGCGGUGGCCCCCAACGAACGCUCCGGUAAUUUGCCAAGGCUCGAGACCAGAACUGGAUAUUAACUGUCCGUAUCCGGCGGUGUCCGGAGCCGGGUGGCCGAACUGCAGUCCAGAAGGCGCGAAUGUAGGCAAAGCCUCCCACCCACCUGUGAUGUGUCGCCUGAGGGUCCUGCUGCUGCUGCUCUCCUUGGCAGUCGUGUUGUCCUCUGCUGUCCCGAUCCAUGAUGCCGACGCUCAGCAGAACUCCUCUGGGUUCCUGGGCCUUCAGAGUCUUCUCCAAAGCUUUAGUCGACUGUUUCUAAAAAAUGACCUGCUACAAGACUUGGACAACUUCUUUUCCUCCCCCGUGGACUUCCGAGACCUUCCUAGGAACUUCCAUCAGGAAGAGAACCAGGAGCACAGACUGGGAAACCAUACCCUCUCCAGCCAUGUACAGAUAGACAAGGUGACUGACAACCAGACAGGGGAGGUUGUCAUCUCUGAGAAGGUGGAGGCCUCCAUUGAGCCAGAAGGGAACCCAGAAGGUGACUGGAAGGUUCCCAAAGUGGAGGCAAAAGAGACCCUGGUGCCCGUGCAGAAGGUGACCGACAGCUCGCACCCAGAGCCCCGGCGGGUGGCGUUCUGGAUCAUGAAGAUGCCGAGGCGGAGGAUCCAGCCAGACGUCCAGGAUGGAAGCCGCUGGCUCCUAGAAAAGCGACAUCGCAUGCAGGCCAUCCGGGACGGGCUCCGUGGGGGCGCCCACGACGACGGCCUUGAGGAAGGGGUGCAUGUCCCCCAACACGCCAAGCUGCCUGUCCGAAAGACACACUUUCUCUACAUCCUCAGGCCGUCCCAGCAGCUGUAAGGUGGGGACCAGAUGUCCCUGCGUGCCCCACACCCUACCCCACACCAUAGGAAAUAAAGGUUUUUCUUACAUCUA